AUGAAACAUGCCUUGGCUUUCAUAAUCUGUUUCGAACGAUCUCUUGUUAAUGGCAAUGUGGAAUCGGCAUUUCAACAUUGUUCCGGUUUCAUCCGUAAUCAUUAUCGACGAAUUAGACGGUGUUACGAUUCAGAACGUGGCAUACAGCUGCAACGAAAAGCAUUUCAUCGUACAAUGUCCGUUACGCCAAACCGUAUAUCGGAAGUACCAUAUUUACUUGUUAACGGAUAUAGUCCAAAUCCGGAUUCCAAUAAUUUGGAUAUACAUGCUUUGCAAUUAAUGUUGAAGAAAUGGAAACGUAUGUUCCGUGAUGAUUAUUCAUUUAAAUGA